CGCGCCGCGGCGGCGGUAGCGGCGCGCGGGAGGCGGAGGAGAAGGAGAAGGAGGAGGAGGAGGAGGCAGCUCGGUCCGCGCCGCCGCGGCUGAGGGAGGGCAGCGAGCCGCAGCCCAGCGCCUGCAGCACCGCCAGCGCCAUGGCUCAACAGAAGAACCUUGAAGGAUAUGUGGGGUUUGCAAAUCUUCCAAAUCAAGUUUACCGGAAGUCCGUGAAGAGAGGAUUUGAGUUCACACUCAUGGUAGUAGGUGAAUCUGGACUGGGAAAAUCAACAUUAAUCAACUCAUUAUUCUUAACAGAAUUAUAUUCCCCGGAGUAUCCAGGUCCUUCACACAGAAUUAAAAAGACUGUACAGGUUGAGCAGUCAAAAGUUUUAAUCAAAGAAGGAGGUGUUCAGUUACUACUUACAAUAGUUGACACACCAGGAUUUGGAGAUGCUGUGGAUAAUAGUAAUUGUUGGCAGCCUGUUAUCGACUACAUUGACAGUAAAUUUGAGGACUACCUGAAUGCAGAAUCUCGAGUGAACAGACGUCAGAUGCCAGAUAAUAGAGUUCAGUGCUGUUUAUACUUCAUUGCUCCUUCAGGACACGGUCUUAAGCCUUUGGAUAUAGAGUUUAUGAAGCGCCUGCAUGAAAAAGUGAAUAUCAUUCCACUUAUUGCCAAAGCAGACACACUUACACCCGAGGAAUGCCAACAGUUUAAAAAACAGAUAAUGAAAGAAAUCCAAGAACACAAAAUUAAAAUAUAUGAAUUUCCAGAAACGGAUGAUGAAGAAGAAAACAAGAUUGUUAAAAAGAUAAAGGACCGUUUACCUCUUGCCGUGGUAGGUAGUAAUACGAUCAUUGAAGUCAAUGGCAAGAGAGUCAGAGGAAGACAGUACCCAUGGGGUGUUGCAGAAGUUGAAAAUGGGGAACACUGUGACUUCACAAUUCUGAGGAACAUGUUGAUAAGAACUCAUAUGCAAGACCUGAAGGAUGUCACUAACAAUGUACAUUAUGAGAACUACAGAAGCAGAAAACUGGCAGCUGUUACAUACAACGGUGUUGACAACAAUAAAAAUAAAGGGCAGCUAACAAAGAGCCCGCUGGCACAGAUGGAGGAGGAAAGGAGAGAGCAUGUAGCCAAAAUGAAAAAAAUGGAGAUGGAAAUGGAACAGGUGUUUGAGAUGAAAGUCAAAGAAAAAGUACAGAAGCUGAAGGACUCCGAAGCUGAGCUGCAGCGACGCCACGAGCAAAUGAAAAAGAAUUUGGAGGCUCAACACAAAGAAUUAGAGGAAAAGCGUCGCCAGUUUGAGGAUGAGAAAGCAAACUGGGAAGCUCAGCAACGUAUUUUGGAACAACAGAAUUCCUCCAGAACCUUGGAAAAGAAUAAGAAGAAAGGGAAGAUAUUUUAAAUGCAUCACUUUGACCACCAGUUACGUAUUAGUUGCCAAUAUGCCAGCCUGGACAUCAGUGUUUGUUGGAUCCGUUUGACUAAUUUUGCACCAGUCGUAUCCAUAGUAAUGGAUUUAACAGCAUGACAAAUUUUUGUUCAUUUUGAUGGAGAAUGAGAUGCCUUGAAUAGUCUGGGGUGUUGUGUACUUGGAAAAGUAACAGCUCUAAGUACCUUUUUUUCUGUUUUUCUUUUUUUUUUUUGUUUUUCUUUUUUUUUUUUUAAACAGACGCUAUUUUAAUGCAAAAGGAAACAUUUUACUGUUGUACAAUCAUGUUCUGGUGGUUUGACGGUUUACAGGAGACUCAAAUGCAAGGACUCCAGACGGUUUUUAGCAAGGAUAAAUUGCCAUAAUAAUGAUGCAAAUGAUGCUUCCCUAUCAUUGUAAUAUGAGAAUUCCAUUCAGUGCAGCAUAUACAAUAAUGUAAUUUAGUCUAACACAGUUGACCCUAUUUUUGACACUUCCAUUGUUUAAAAGUACACAUGGAAAAACAGAAGUUGUAGGCUUACAGUGCACCUAAGCUUUUUAUAACAACCCUUUUAUGUUUUGGAUUCUUUAAAUAUAUGCUAUCCUCAUUUAGUAACUUCUUUAGCCAGAAGGAUCUCAUUACUGCUUCAUUUUUGUAAUAACAUUUAAUUUAGAUAUUUUUCCAUAUAUUGGCCCUCCUAAAUAGAAUAUAGCUUCUUUCAUAUGGUAGGAACCAGUGAGUAAAUCUUUCCUUUAACUCCCUUUUUACAUUUUAUGGUAAGUAGCAGGAAAACGCAUUUAUAGGUCAUUUCUAGGCAAAAUUGUGGAGUUAACUACCAACCUGUUUCUACCUGUGUGCAGUCUUUCUUUAUUUUACUAGAAAUGGGAAUAUGGCCUCAAGAAAAAGAAAUCACCGAAUCGCAUUUAGCUGUAUUCAUAUACUGCAUUUCUGUAUUUUUGUUUGUAUUGUAAAAAGUCACAUAAUAAACAAUGUUGUGAUGUUA